AUGUCUUCGCCCUCCCCCGAGACAAGCACCUACGCCAACGAUGGGAAAGCCUUGCUCUCUCGUGCCGCUAGCUAUACCGACCUCCCCAACAAGUCUGUGACUGAAUCCCCCUCAUCGAGCCUGCGACGAACCUUCUCCGAGCAUGCGGUGCCUACCCUGUCCGAAUCGCCGACGAAGGAGAGCGUAGCGACCGGGAAAGAUAUUCUACGACGGACAUCUUUGCGCUCCAAGGAGCGACCGCCAGUUUCGCACUUUACACUGUCAUCUUCGGAGGAUUUGAAAGAUACAGAGUCACCGGAUGCCCUGCCCCAAACCAGGGCGCCGGAACCCGCCGCUCGCCCAUCCAAGAGCCGUUCGAUGUCCGGGCGGAUAGUCAGCCUCGCGCGGAAACCCUGGGGGUCCUCCUCGCGAUCCCCCUCUCCGGCAUCCAAAAGACCAAAGCAACAAGAGGUCCAAUCCCCAAACCCAAAGAAAGCCGAGACGGCCGCAGAUUCAGACUCCCCGCAGCCCUCCCGCAAACGAACUAUCCUCUACAAACGGCCACGACGCCCCAUGCUGGCUGUUGUCGCGAAGGGUAAUAAUGAAGAGACUCCUGGCUCGCCGAGCAGUCCCUCCGGCCAUUCAUUGCGGCACCGUUCUUCGUUGGAGAAAUUUGCCGCAUCCCUGUCUGUCUCGACUCCAGUCUUGCCCCCAAUGCCCAAGGGAGCUGCGGAAACUGCAGCGUCCUUUUCAAACAGUGGUGGGGAGUCAUUACGCAAGAAAGACGAACUCUGGGGCAUUUUCCGCGGCUUGGAGGCGGAUUACCAAAAAUUCCAAUCUAAAUCCAGCUCCCUGAAAGCUAAUGUCAUUCGGUCCUCACUCCUCCCGUUCCUCGGCCGGCAUCACCUUCACGCGUCAUGCAAGAAUCUCAGACCCGAAGACUUGGACCGCCGAGUAAACAUCCUCAACAAAUGGUGGGUUGGGAUGCUGGAAAUGCUCAAUGGAAAACACAACCAGUCGAUCUCUGGCACGGAUCGGCCGGUAUACCUGGAAGCAGUAGUGGGCAUCAUGACCCGGCCGGAAUGGCGCAUCCCGUUUCCCACAGCACAUCUCAACAGCGGGCCAGCAGACUCGUUGAAAUAUGCGUCGACUUCCGUAUCUGAAACCUCCGACGGGUCAGGCUCGUCCGGGUCAGAUUUCUUGGUUGAAUCGAUCCACCAUAACAUUCGGAACAUUUUCGUUCAAAACCUCUUGUCGCAAAUGGCAUUUGUGGUGGAGCGAAUGUCCAUGCGGCACGCCCCCGCGAGCUUGGUGGCAUUCUGUGGGAAAGCUAGCGCGUAUGCCUUCUUUUUCUGCCCAGGGGUAGCAGAGACCCUGGUCCGGCUGUGGGGCACGCCAUCUGGUAUGUUCCGGCGCAUAUUGGGCGAGUCGGCGGGGGGUCGAAAUGGCAAUAUGCGUCCAUAUACUCAGGAACUUGCUCUCUGUUUUCCAAUGGCUCUACGACCCCUGGCCUUCCACUCGCAUGCACCCUUGUUGCGAUAUCUACGCCGGAAGCCCGAUGCGCCCUUGAACACGACGAAUAUUCCCUGGCACAGUCCAUGGAUCUCGCGUUGGUGCGGACGAGACACCGAUCUUUUCUAUGUGUUUGCGAAAUACACCCAUAUCUUAUAUGCCGAAUAUCUGCCGCCAGACACUGAGAAAGCCAAGCGGAUUCUGGCACCCGGCCUGUUGUUGGUCCAUGCACAGCUACUGGUCACCCUCGAGGAUACGAUUUACAAGCAGUCGGUGCAGCAGAUGCCCGAGAACCCCCAUGUGGCAGCUGCGAUCACUUUCGAUGAUUUUAUCGAGUCGGCAGAUGCCUCGGCUUCCUCUCAUCCGCUUGGGGGUGGCAGCAAUCAACAUCGUUCAAUGGCGGAGAAUCGCUUGGUCAUUCUCCUACGUGAUUUCCUCUCCGAAUCUUCCGCGGAGCCCAAUCGAGCACGCCUGUUAUAUGCCGAGUCUUUUUCUGGGAUCAUCAAAUCUGCGGCCCAGAAGAUUUCCCUCUUCGAUCACAACGCCUGCUUUCUGUUAUGUGAUUUCAUCGACGAAAUCCUACCGAUCAUCACACGCUACUCCCAGUCCAUCGAAACGGAGUUGUUUGACUGGGGCUUUUGGCUUGAGGUUUGUCGACAAAUGAUGCAAAGCCACAACUCGCUCACUGAAGUGCGGGUGUUUUCUUUCCUCUUCUCUGUCUGGGGUACUUGGACGGCCACCGAGGAGAGGAAGGCCGGUCUCUGCCUAGAAUUUCUGCUGCACGAGCCUAUAUUCUAUCAUUAUUUCAAUCACUGGAGUCCCAUGGUGCGCGCAUACUUCCACCGACUACUGUGUUGGCGAGUGGGUCGGUUCAAUGGCGAACCCUCCAUGCUGGACUCAAUUAUUUACGAGACCCUCGCCGAUCGACUCCUGCGCGUCUGGGAGUACUACAUUGGCUUUCAAUCUAGAGCAGAAGAGGAGCUUACCGCCCCUUUAUCUUCGGCUCCUUGCACCCCAGCUCCAGGAAGACGAAUCAUCAUCAUCCGAUGCGACAACCAACUCUCCCCCGUGAAUCUCUUCGUCUCCUUCGACCGAGUCGUCCCACCCGUUCCUCCUGACCAAGUCCCGUCUCACCGGAGAACCGGGUCUGCGGACUCGACCAGCUCUGACGGCCAGCCUGCCAAACGACGAUGGGGUCUUCUCCGAUCCAUGUUUGGCAGUUCCUCAAGUGCCCACUCCAACGAUGACCUGGCCAGUAGCAGCAGUAGCUCGGAUGAUUCCGAGAGCGGCACGACUGACAUGACCAUCUCACCGGACAGCAAAUGCAUGGACGAGUGUGAACCAACCCCGAACAACAGCACCGAAGAGCUCCAGCCUAAGACCCCGCACCAGCCCUUUUUCUUCAAGUUCUCCUUGGAAUGGAUGGACCGGCCGCAGUGGCCCAGCAAAAACAAACGUCUCUUUACUCCUUGUCUCCCUGUUGCGUCCCAACUGCACGUCGAGCACCGUCGUUCUCCCGUCAAGGAACUGGAGGAUGGCGCCGCGAACUCCGAACUAGGUGAUGGGAGUUUCCCCGAAGAACCCUCUCUGAGUCAUGGCCUCUCACCCGAAUCUAUCCUCGGGGACAACGAGCCGAGGGCCUGCACCACGAAGGACUCGCCGCUCCCGGUCCUGCCAUCGAAGCCUGCGCAUGACCACCGCGUGGCCAGCAAGUACGCGGGCCGUGCUCUUGCAGAGUGGGCGUAUAUUGUCUCGGAAUGCGACAGCUUCUUCGCUCGACGCCGCGACGAGGGUGUCCCCUCGGACCGCAUGGUGGAAACGCCAACGCUGGGGGUGGAAAGCUUCCGCAAAUAG